AAGGGGUUCUGCCUUUGUGAGGAAGCAAACUCUGAGACGUCUUAGGACAUCCAAGUGACCUCUUGGUAUUCAGUGACUAAUUAGUAAUUAAUUGAUCAAGAUAUCAUCAAGGAAACUGUGCCUAUAGUUUGCUAGUCAGGUAUACCACCAAUAGUCAUAAGAGUCAUAAGCAAUAUAUAGAUAGCAAUAGUCAUUACGAUAGUCAACCAUACGUUUACAACCCAAUGUGAUCCCCUCCCAACAAACCACUUGCAGUUGGUUUUUGCAAUUGGGCAGUGGGUCAAAACCCGGAGCUCUCUUUCCUCUGGUAGGUUGACCAUGUCUAGUAGUUUGUUCUGUUCAUCUUCUGUGGGAAAAACCAUGAUCCUGUUGUUCCGACCCACUGCCAUGUCUCACCAUCACUCAGGUUUGGCUUCCCUGUGCCCAGCGUGCCGGCAGCGCCCCGGGAACAGCGGCCCUUCGUAGUCUAUGAGCAAAGCAUGGUGUCAGGAUUGAUGGUGAAGCGACAAUAUGAUCAGACUGAGACCAGCUACAGCACUGUAGCCACGCGAUCAGAUCCUCAUCACUACCCCAACUACAUCGAUGUCAAGGACGCCGAUCAUUACAAGGACCCCCGACCUCGCGGCACCGGAGGUUGGAAGCUGACCUAGCGGGACGAGCGGGAGGUUUGGGGUGUUCGUGGGACGAGCAGUCCGCGGCCUUCGGAUGCGAAGCCGUGAAGCUCAGAAAGAGGGGAUGACGAUCCUGUUGGUUUUUGGGGGAUUCAGCGUGAUGGAUUUGUGCAUGGAUUUGUGAUUUGUGGUUUACGCCCUAAAAAGAGCGGAGAAUUCCAUGGCACCUCGCGCUAUAGGGUGAACAUGGGUUCACUGUUCAUCAGCUUCAAAACUUCUUACUCGUGCAUCCAAUGAGUCUACGCAGCUGCGUUUUCGAAGCUCCAAAGUUGAUUGCUUCGAUCCUCUUGGUGCGCCAUGUCGCUCUGUUGUGUCAAAGAAGAUGCUGAAUCGGGCAGCUCGAGUUGCUCCAGCCACAGCAGCGACGACGAGAAGCCAAAGAAGCUCUCCGCUCAGGAACGCGUGGCUGCCAAGCAUGUCCUGGACAAGCGUCUGGCGCCUCUGAAUUAUCUCUUUACGAAUCACGCCAUUCACAAGUUCUUCCGGAAGUAUGCUGGUGCUCACACGGAGGACGGCCGCAAGGCCAUCACACCGGAAGAGGCCAAGCGCAUGGCACCAGCCUUGGCGGAUUACCUGCAGGUUCCCCAGGUGCUGUUCCGACAAGUGGAUGUGCUCUGUCAACGUUUUGACUUUGAUGGCGCUGGAGUUCUGGACAAGACGCAAUGUACGAUGAUGUUUCGCAACAACUUACGCC